AUGCCACCACAGCGCCACAUGGACAGGAUAUGGUGCUGGAGUGGUUAUGGUGCUGGAGUGGUUAUUUUGCUGGAGUGGUUAUGGUGUCAGAGUGCUAAAGUGCAUGGAGUGGUUAUGGUGCUGGAGUGGUUAUUUUGCUGGAGUGGUUAUGGUGUCAGAGUGCUAAAGUGCAUGGAGUGGUUAUGGUGCUGGAGUGGUUAUGGUGUCAGAGUGCUAAAGUGCAUGGAGUGGUUAUGGUUCAGGAAGCCUUGAGGUUGCCCUAACCCAAUGUGAAUAUUUUUCGUUCCUCCAGGUUCGCUCGGACAGAGAGCGUUUUGUCAUUAAUCUGGAUGUCAAACAUUUCUCCCCUGAGGAUCUGAGUGUAAAACUACUGGAUGACUUUGUGGAGAUCCAUGGAAAACACAGUGAGAGACAGGUGGGUGUGGGCAACAGGGAACAUGUGUGUAGGGGAGAAAUAAAUUAAUAUAGCGCUGGGAGAGUACAGGGAUGGAUUAAAGUGCUGAUGGGAACAGUGUGUAUGGGGGGGAAUAAAGUAAUAGAGUGCUGAUGGGGAACGUGUGUAUGGGAGAGUACAGGGAGGGAGUAAAGUGCUGAUGGGAACCGUGUGUAGGGGAGAGUAUGGGGGGGGAAUAAAGUAAAAUAGUGCUGAUGGGGAACACGUGUUUAGGGGAGAGGGAAUAAAGUGAAGAUGGGAAACGUGUGUAGGGGAGAGUACGGGGGAAGGAAUAAAGUAAUAUAGUGCUGAUGGGGAACGUGUUAUGGGAAAGACAGAAUGGUGAAUUAGAUGAUGAUGGCGAACAUGUGUUAUGGGGGGAGGAUAGAAUGGAGAGUUAGGUGUUGACGAGAACCACAGGUUUGUGAAUUAUGGGCUGAUGGAGAACAGGUGUUUCCAUAGGUUGGAGGACCAUAUGUGAACAGGGGCCAGGGGUUGGAGAGUGACUACCUGUGAUCACAUACUGGAUCCUUGCGGUGCUUCUGCUCUGAAUCUCACUUUGUGCGAGAUGAAAUGUAUUUGCUUGUCCACACCCGUCCCCUGAACCGUGACAAGGGAAAGGUUGCAUUUCUAACAAUAAUAAAAUAAGACGCUCAGUGAAGGAGCAAGAGGAGAGAAAUGCAAGUGUCUCCUUUUCUGUGCCUUCAGGGCUCUAAAGUUCCACUAACCAAUCAGCAAAUUAAUAUAUAGUUCCAGUAGUUAGUGACUUCCAAAGCUUGGCUAGUAAUACAGGACCGAAUAAUAACUAUAUGUAUAUAAAACUGUCUUGUUCACAGGACGAUCACGGAUACAUCUCUAGGGAAUUUCACCGCCGCUAUCGUCUCCCUCCAAAUGUGGAUCAGUCCUCUAUCAGCUGCUCUUUGACUGCCGAUGGGAUCCUGACCUUCUCUGGCCCCAAACUGCUAUCCAGCCUGGACUCCAGCCACAGCGAGAGACCAAUCCCUGUGUCCCGAGAGGAGAAGACCACCUCAGCCCCCUCUUCCUAA